UUGACGGCUUCGCUUGCAUCACUGGGUCCGAUAGCAUGGGUCAAACUAAGCAAUGAAGAUGUUCGCUUUACCGUAAUUCCUGAUCAAGGCUCGUCGGUCUGGGCGUAUGUAAAUGAUCAAAUCUUCGAAACAUACACCAUUCAGUCCGCAGCAGAAAAUAACACAAUCAAUCUCGAGGUACCGUUGCAGAAUCUCCAUCGAGCGCUCAAGUCGGCCCAGAACGCCAGCCAUGCAUCAAUUCGCUUGACCAAGAAGAACAACAUCCCGCUCCUCUCUCUGACCAUCACGACCGCCAUCUUCGCCGGCGCUCCCAAACCCACAAUACAGCAUGGCGCUUCAGAAGGCUAUGGCUACAACACAGGCUUUCCGCCAGGCGACGAGUUUGCCAACCAGUUCCCCACCGACGAGGUCGACGAGCCUGUUUACGAUCGCCCCAACAGAGAAACCAUCAUUACCCAAGACAUACCCAUCAAAGUCCUCUCUCAAGCCGUCGUAUCUGGCCUGCUUGAGCCAGUGGCCAGAGAACCAGACGUCCAUAUCGUGCUUCCACCCCUGCUUCAACUCAAAUCCAUCUCCGAUCGCUUCACCAAACUCGCCGUCUCGAGCACGAAGACACCAAAUGGGUCAACUGGCUUUAGGGGAAAUACAGCGCGGAUACCGAAAUUAGAGUUGAGCGCAAAUAUGCACGGAUGUUUGAAGUUGAGACUGAAGACUGAUGCCAUGGACAUCAGCUCAAGGUGGAUUGGACUCAGUAAUCCAGAACUCGAUCCUAACACUGUGGCUGGCGGUGAGGAGGGUAUUGCACAACAUCCGAGUACCCUGAUGCGGGCACGAGGCGAUCCCGAAGGCAACAGUGAUGAAGGCUGGGCAGUGGUCAGAUUGGAUGGUAAGGAUUGGGGUAAAGUCUUGGGUAUUGGAAGGGUGGGCGGAAGAGUUAUUGCUUGUAAGUCUCACUUCUGCUGUCUACUGUAUUCUUACGCUGACAUAUAUCAGGCUNUUUGCGAUGAGCAUGCAUUGAUAUUGUACGUCUAUCUCACCAACGAAGAGGCUGGCGGCGCUGAAUCGGUGAUUACAUACUAUAUCAGUUCGUACAGUCAG